AUCCUCCACUUCUUUCAGCUCUUCAAUCCAUUUUUGAUAUAACUCUUUCGUUUUUCGGCUUCAAACCCGCCAACACUCGUAUCGUGAACAAGUCCUGGAACAUCAGGCAAGAGAGAGUUUUGGUGUUAGCUGUUGCGGUUAACUAAUGGCGGAGUACGCAAAGGAGCGUACUCUAGAGGAGACGUCGACAUGGGCAGUUGCUGUGGUGUGCUUCGUACUGCUUGUCAUCUCCCUCUUCGUCGAACAUUCCAUUCACUUACUCGAGAAGUUUCUGAAGAAAAAGCGCAAAGUAGCUCUGGUUGAAUCUCUAGAGAAGGUCAAGUCAGAGCUCAUGCUGCUGGGAUUCAUAUCUCUGCUCCUCACUGUACUUCAGACUCCGAUAUCAAACAUCUGUGUUCCUCGGAAAAUUGCCGCCUCUUGGCAACCCUGCAGUACUCCUCUUAAGAGCAUAACCACCACUGAGAAUUACGAAAGGAGACUCCUCCAGUUCUUGGACUUAACUGAUAUUCCUCGGCGGAGUUUGGCCACAAAAGGAUAUGAUAAAUGCAGCGGAAAGGGGCAAUACGCUUUCGUGACAGCAUAUGGUAUUCACCAGCUCCACAUAUUCAUCUUCGUGCUAGCACUAAUGCACGUGCUAUAUUGCAUCGCAACCCUCAUUCUUGGGAACAUCAAGAUGAGGAGAUGGAAGACUUGGGAAAAUGAGACAAGGACACUCGAAUACACAUACCAUAACGAUCCGCAGAGGUUCAGAUUUGCAAGGGAUACAUCAUUUGGACGGAGGCAUCUCAACUAUUGGAGCCGAUCAACCAUUACCCUUUGGAUCGUGAGCUUCUUCAGACAAUUCUUUGCAUCGGUGACCAAGGUCGACUACUUCACACUAAGACAUGGAUUCAUUAUGGCACAUUUGCCUCCUGGAAAUGAGACGAAAUUCGACUUUCAGAAAUACAUCCACCGGUCCCUCGAAGAAGAUUUCAAAGUCAUUGUUGGGAUAAGUCCCGUGAUUUGGUUCUCGGCCGUUCUGUUCCUCCUAACCAAUACUCACGGAUGGCACUCCUACUUCUGGAUACCCGUCAGCUCCCUCGUGAUAGUGCUACUUAUUGGGACGAAGCUACAAGUGAUCAUAACCAAGUUAGGUCUUAGAAUCCAAGAGAGGGGGCAAGUUGUCAAGGGCACUCCGGUGGUCCAGCCCGGGGAUGACCUCUUCUGGUUCGGUCGGCCCCGCCUCCUCCUCUUCUUGAUCCACUUUGUCCUCUUUCAGAAUGCUUUUCAGCUGGCCUUCUUUGCUUGGAGCACGUAUUCUUUCGGGUUCAAGAAUUGCUUCCACCAGGCCCUUGAUGAUAUCAUCAUCAGAGUCUCCAUGGGCGUCUUCAUACAAGUUCUAUGCAGUUAUGUGACUCUGCCUCUCUACGCUCUGGUGACACAAAUGGGCUCGACCAUGAAGACCACCAUAUUCAACGAGCAAGUGGCGUCGGCGCUGAAGCAGUGGCACCACACUGCCAAGAAGCACGCCAAGGCCAGCAGGCACCUCCAUGGUGAUGGAACAUCCUCCCAUGUCUCGAGCCGUCCAGCGACCCCUCUCCACGGCAUGAACUCCCCAAUCCACCUUCUCAACAACCGCAACAGGGACUCCCAAGUCCAACCCAAUGACAGCCCUCAGGUAUCUCCAUACAGGGCCUCUGACAUUGGAAAGGGUGACCAAUAUGAUGACCUGGACUCGCAGUUCCUCCACCCUCCUGAGGGUGGUGAGAUCAAGGAACAGGAGGAGAUUGCACCGACGGCUACCCACCAAGAUUCAGGGCGGUCAUCGGUUAUGCCAUUGCCAGAGGGGAGUGAUGAGGAGGUGACCGAUAUCAGUUUCUCAGAAUUCUCAGUCAGGAAAUGAAAGAUCUUCCCGGUUUCGGUUUUGGCUUUGCUCUGUACAUUUUCUUGUACAUGAACACUAGUGAUGGAGGAAGUAGAAGUAAGUGGCGGCCAGUGAGCUAGAAAUUGGGCUCCUAGCUAAGAUAUACAUACAUUUCAUUUUAUUGUUUCAUAAGUUUAGCCCAAGUCGGCUAAAUCUUAAAAGAUCCAUUCGUUUUCUUGCCUGUUAAGAAAACUUCAUGUACUCGAUGAGGGGUGUAAAAACCAAUUAUAUCUUCGAUUUCAGUAGUAAGACACGAACUGAAAUGACUCACAUGUAAUAUAUAUU